AUGGCCCACGGCAACUUGUCUGACUUCAUCUUUCUGGCCCUGCUGGGGGUCACUGUGCAGUGGCUGGCCUACCCGGGGACCCUCUUCGAAGAUGUGGGCCCUUUGAAGGCACAGUUCAAGUCAGCGAGUCCGGACAUGACUGCCCUCAUCAAGUUGGGUGGGGGCCUGCUCCUGUUCCUCGGCAUGAUCUUCUCGGGGGUGAGUUGGAACCCAGUGAACGGAAAGAUGGCAGGCUUCGGGGCCUUCAUCACCAUGGGCUACUCCGUCUACAGCGCCUUUAAGGCGGAUGGCGAUGUCUUCAUCCCGCGCCCGCUCUAUGCGUAUGCAGGCGUGGUCCUCCUCGGUGCGUUGCACAUCUUCGCGUUUCCCUCCAACCCCCUCCCGGAGAAGACGACCGAGGUCAAGAACAACCAUGGCAACUUCUCAGACCUCGCCGCCCUUAGCUUGCUUGGGGUGGCCUUGUCCUGGUACUUCUACCCGGAGCAUCUCUUUCAAGAUUUGGGCCCCUUGAAGGCCCAGUUCAGCAGCAAGUCCCCUGAUCUGACCACGCUGAUGAACUUCGUCGCCGGGCUCAUGGUCAUCAUUGCCCUGAUGCUAUCCGGCGUGAAGUGGAACCCCAUCAACGGCAAGAUGGGCGGGUUUGGUGGCUUCCUGGCCGCUGGCUACACGGCUUACAGCACCUAUGCAGCGGACAAGGAGGUAUUCGUCCCCCGCUUGUUCUACGCCUACUCCCUGGUGAUCUUUCUCGGGGCGCUGCACAUCUUUGCCUUUCCCUCCAACCCGCUGAUCAAAAAGAAGAAGGGCUGCGGACCGCGGGGCUUCGAGCUGCUCCGCGCCAUUCCUGCGGAGGGCUUGCACACCCUGCUGGUCGCAGCCAUACGGCGGAACGAGGGCUCCGGGCCACUUCUCCAGCGCAUCCUGCGGGCCUGGGUCUGCCGCCUGGUGAACCAGCAAGACAGCCUGGCUCUGCGCACUGCCAUAGAGCAGCGGAACAUGGAGGCGCUGCAGACACUGGUGUCCCUAGGAGGCACAUCCGCGAUCGUGGCUGCCACGGCGGACGAGGACAGCGCUGGGAGCAGGGGCAAUGAGUGCAUCCUCUGCGCCUGCGCCGCGGCGGGCGACGUGGAGACCCUGCACCUCAUCUUGGAUCACCUUCGCAGUGGCGGAAGGACCAUCGAGGCCAUGAAGAAGGCGGGCUGUCGCGCGUGCGUUCGGAUCUACUGGUCCCUCCUCCUGGGGAACGUCCUGGAGUGGUACGAGUUUGCCGUGUUCGGCUUCCUGGAGCCCUACUUCCAGAGCAACUUCUUCGAUGGUUCUGCCAUUACCACUUGGCUAGGCUUCGCCUCUACCUUCCUCGCGCGCCCUUUUGGGGGCGUGGCCGUGGGCCUGGUCGGAGACCUUUUCGGACGCAAGGUCUCCACCUUCCUGUCCAUCUUCGGAAUGCUGAUUGGCACGGUUGGUCAGGGCCUCGUACCGACCUACCAGUCGGGCCCUGUGUCCGGCCAAGUGGGAGUGGUGCUAUUGGUUUCCUUGCGACUGCUCCAGGGCAUCUGCACUGGCGGUGAGAUUGCGGCUGUGUCCACGUACAUCACGGAGGUUGGGCCCAAACGAUCACUGGCUCGAUCCAUGGUACUGAUCGGCAUCACUUGUAACGUGGGCUUCCUCCUGGCCCAGUUCGCCAGCUACCUGACCCUGGAGGCCUUGGGCGAAGAGGCCAUGGCGAGUUGGGGCUGGCGCAUCCCCUUCCUCUGCGCCCUGGCCCCGGGGCUCGUGGCCACGGCAGGUCGCCGCUGCAUCCCGGAGUCGCGCGAGUUCGAGGAGGCGCGCGAGCGCUCGCUGGCGGCGCCGGGCGAGGCUGGGCCCACAGCGAAGAUCCGGGCACUGCUUCGCGGGCAUCGUGCAGCGCUGCUCGUAGGCAUCUUCUCUGUGGCUGCAAUUGCGGUGGUGCAGUACGGUGCCCUGGCGUGGUGCUAUGUGCUCCUCAAGGGCCGCGGGGCCUCGAGCACCAGCCUGAUCACAGCUGGGGUAGUGGCCAGAUGUUUGGCGAUGAUCCUGGCUCCACUGAUCGGGUGGCUGGCGGAUGCGAAGGGCGUCGCGUGGGUUCAGCUCAUGGGCGCGGUCGUCAUGGCUGCUGCUGGCCUUCCUCUCUUCGUGGCCAUGCGCCUCCGCGCAGACGAUGACGCAGCGGUCGUUGGCUUCUAUGGACUGGGCUAUGGCAUUUUCCUGGCGACGACGGGCAUGGUCUACUUCUUGUACGUGGUGGAGCUGUUCCCGGUGGAGAUUCGGAAUGUAGGGGUUGGGAUGAGCUACAACAUUGGCUUCUGCAUCUUCGGUGGCUUCUCUCCCAUGAUCUUCGAGGCAUCCCAUGCUGUGGCUUCUUGGGCACCCGGAUGCAUGCUGUCGCUCGCCGGAUGCAUCACGGCAGCUACCGUCCUCCUGAGCCUCCGGCUUGAAAAGCACGGCCUUCUCCGCCUGGCCCACAUCCGCCAGGACCCAUACUUCCAGUGCCAAAGCAGCAGGAAGUGUGAAGAGCAGCCUGCAGAAGCUGCCAGGCCCGUGGUAGAGGACCCUGUUGAAGUGAAGGCGGCGGGGCAGUUUCAAGCAAUCGUUUAG